CAGAGUGCUAACUCGGCCACAAAGCCCGAGAGGGCGUCCGCCGGGGCCUUAUCCGCGCGCCAUCGCUCGCCUAGGCAAGGCGCUCUAAUGACCCGCAAUUACCCUCGAGCCUUGACCCAUAUAUAAGCGGCGACUCCCGGCCUGUCUUCAGUGUGACCUGAUCCGACCUUGGACUAGUGUGGGCGCUUCCGAUAGCCCUCUGCGAGAAAGGCCCGUCGCUCCCUAGAAAUCGUUUCCCUCAUAGGUUUUCUGCGAUGUUGGUGUGUGCCGCCGCUCCGGUCAGUUCGUCGUGCGCCAUGGAUCUCUCCGGUGGAUAUGCCGCUGCGUGUGGCGCCGACAGCACUGGUGGGAACUACUCUCAAACAUUUACUGCUGACGGAGCUCCUUGGUGUACUGACGGAUGGCCCUCGUGGUCUCCGGUUUCCAACGGAUAUCACAGCUGCUUUGCUUCCAGCGUGAGCCCAUCUCCGCCCUCCACGGGCGCCCAUGCAGACCGCGGUCAUCUGGUUGGUCGCGAAGAGUCGCCAGCGACUGAGUCCGACGAAGGAAUUAUUUUGGAAGAUGACGGUUACAGGUCUCAUAUACCAGACUUCGCUCUGCGCGGAUUCCCCGACUCCGUGCUGCCGUCUCCUGCGCCAACGGCUCUGAGGCGUUGCAAGAAAACGAAAAGACUUCAACAGUCGUCUGGGAGUUGUCUCCAGGAGAUGUCCAUCGGCACCGAGGCCCAGCACCGGCGGCGGCGUCAGGCAGCCAACGCCCGCGAGAGGAAAAGGAUGACAAGUCUGAACACCGCCUUCGACCGCCUCCGCCACGUCCUGCCCUCCGCGCCCCACAAGCUCUCCAAGCACGACACGCUGCAGGUGGCGCUGUCGUACAUCUCCGAACUCUGGCGCUUGCUCGAGUGAACGAUCGUGUUCUGUA